AUGUCGCCCAUCCCACGCCGCGUCGCUGUCAUUGGUGCUGGCCCGUCAGGGCUGGCCGCGACUCACGCUUUGGCCAGUGAAAAGAUAUUCGAUACCAUCCGAAUAUUUGAUCGACGAGCAGAAGUGGGAGGAUUAUGGAACUACGACCAAGAGCCUGAUGUGUUUCCGCAGGCGACAGAUGGAUCAUUACCGUCAAGAGAAUUAAACCGCCCAGAAAGCCUUCCCGGGUUCGCCCCUGCAGCUGCCGCUGAUCCAGAUUCCCGGACGGCUUUGUAUUACGGACUGGACAGCAAUGUAGGGGCGUCGACAAUGGCGUUUACAUGGGCACCUUUCCCCGAGACCAAUUCCCCCAAUUCGGUCCGUCGCCUUGGGCUGAACAACGCAUCGCGUCCGCAUCACGCGAUCAAAAGCUGGAUCGAGGAUAACUUUAAGCCUUUCCUGCCUUGGCUAUCGCUCUCUACGACGGUUGAAAGGGCUGAGAAAAUCGAUGGUGAAUGGGUUCUCACCCUGAGAAAGUCGCAUCAACAUUACGGAGGCAAAGAUGAGGAUUACUGGUGGACAGAAAAGUUUGAUGCUGUUCUUGUGGCUUCAGGCCACUACAGCUCGCCUUACAUUCCCAACAUUCCGGGGUUAAUUGAGACCUCGAAACGUUUGCCCGGGGCUUUCGAGCAUUCAAAAUCAUAUCGAAAAGCUGACAAAUAUGUCAACAAGAAUGUUCUUAUCGUUGGAGGGAGCAUAUCAGCGACUGACUUCAUCACCGAUCUCCACGAAAUUGUCAAAGGAAAACUACAAUUGGCAGUUCGCACUCAGAGUGAACUUCUACAGGCAGCAUACAACUUGCCCAACGUUCAACUGCGGCCCGAGGUGAAGUCCAUAUCGUCAUCACAAGAUGGAGGGGUCACGGUAACAUUCGUCGAUGGUGAGAUAAUUCAUAAUGUAAACCAUCUUAUAUUUGCAACUGGGUAUCGCUUCUCCUACCCAUACUUGAAGCCGGAUCUUGUGGCAAGCACAAGAGAGUCGAACAGAGUCACAGGGCUAUACCAGCACGUCUUCAAUAUCGAGGAUCCAACUUUGGCUUUUGUUGGUAACGUCAAGGCUGGCCUGACCUUCCGCGUCAAUGAAUAUCAGGCAGUUGCCAUAGCUCGAUUCUUGGCUGGCCGCUCUGCAGCGCUGCCGUCAAAGGACGACCAGAGGAAGUGGGAGACAGAGCGUCUAGCGCUCAAAGGGCCGUCCAGCAACUUUCACGAAAUCCUGCCAGACUUCGAGCCGUACUUUAAUUGGCUGGCGGAAUUUGCUGGAGAGCCAUCCCAAGACUCGAAUGGUUACAGAUUGCCAAAGUGGCAGAAUUCCUUGGCAGAAGAGGGCCUCGCAUUGUUGGAGAAGAAGGCAAAGUACUGGCAGUCGAUCAUCGAUAGCUACAACAGAUUUCGGGCAAAGUUGUAA